AUGGAGCUCCUGGGACUGACUACUAUCAUCUUGCUGGCCUGCAUCUCAUGCCUUCUUCUCUUUGCAGCAUGGAGAAGCAUAUCACGAACAGAGAAGGAGCCUCCAGGUCCUAUGGCCCUCCCCAUCAUUGGAAACAUGUUACAGCUGAACCCGUGGAACUUGCCUAAAAGCUUGAAGGAGCUCAGCAAGAAGUAUGGUCCUGUCUUCACAAUAUAUUUAGGCCCCCAAAAGAUUGUGGUGCUGUAUGGCUAUGAAGCUGUGAAAGAAGCCCUGAUCGAUCAGGCAGAUAACUUCAGUGGAAGAGAAUCUGCCGUUGCUUAAAAACUCUUCGAAGGCACAGGCAUUGUAACCAGCAAUGGGGAGACCUGGAAGCAGCUCCGACGAUUUGCCCUCACCACUCUGCGUGACUUUGGGAUGGGGAAGAAGAGUAUCGAGGCGCGAAUCCAGGAGGAAGCUGGUUUUCUGGUGGAGAGGCUCAGGAAAACACAUGAGAAACCUUUCGACCCUAGCAGUUUCUUAGUCCAUGCUGUUUCCAACAUCAUCUGCUCUAUUGUCUUUGGGGAUCGGUUUGAUUAUGAGGACAAGAAAUUUCUAACUUUAAUUGAGUUGAUGGAAGAAAAUAACAGGCUCCAGAACAAUAUACAGACACAGAUAUACAAUUUCAUCCCAAAUGUCAUUGAUCUUUUACCUGGGCCCCAUAAGACACAUAAAAAUGUUGAAGAUGUAAAUCGAUUUAUUUCUGAAAUAGUAACAGCACACCAGGAAUCUCUGGAUCCCAGUUGUCCUCGAGAUUUUAUUGAUGCUUUCAUCAACAAAAUGGAACAGGAGAAAGGGAACGGUCACUCAGAAUUCACCGUUGGUACCUUGACCAGAACCACGCUUGACUUGUUCCUUGCUGGAACAGGGACAACCAGCAUUGCCCUGAGAUAUGGACUUCUGAUACUCCAAAAAUACCCAGAGGUUGAAGAGAAAAUUCACCAGGAGAUUGACCGUGUGAUUGGCCGAGACCGAGGUCCCUGCAUGGCAGACCGGAGCCAGAUGCCCUACACAGAUGCUGUGAUUCAUGAAAUCCAGAGAUUCAUUGAUUUCCUUCCACUUAAUGUCCCACAUGCUGUGACCAAAGACACCAAGUUCAGAGACUAUUUUAUCCCCAAGGACACUAUGAUAUUCCCUAUGCCUCCCAUCCUAAAAGACAGCAAGGAAUUUCCAAAUCCUGAAAAAUUUGACCCAGGACACUUCCUGAAUGCAAACGGUACCUUUAAAAGGAGUGACUACUUCAUGCCGUUUUCUGCAGGAAAACGCAUCUGUGCAGGCGAAGGUCUGGCCCGGAUGGAGAUAUUCAUAUUUCUAACAUCCAUUCUGCAGAACUUUACUUUGAAACCUGUUUUGGAUCGGAAGGACAUUGAUACUUCCCCAUUAAUCACCAGUCUGACAAAUAUGCCCCGACCUUAUCAGGUCGGUUUUGUUCCCUGUUAGACAAUGAAGACAGCUGGCAGCUCCCAAAUUCAUGAAAAGUCUGCUUGAAUCAAAGUCAUUUCCCAGCUUGAUGAGACUGACAUCAUUGUUAUAUUCUUUAUGGAGAUAAAUGUUAUGCUUUAAAAAAAAAAAGUGUGGUGUGUUGAUAAUCACCACAGCCAGCUCUAAACAGAGGCAGAGUAGGUAAUUGCAUAGCAACAACAGCUCCCUAUGCUGAACGAUAAAGGGUCUCCUUCACCUAGCUCAGGUUCCUAUCUGGUUCCUGACAUCCUGAUGUGUUAGGCUGUGUGGACUAGUGCUGUGAGAGCCCAGCUGCUGCUGUCCCUAUCACCUGCUCCUCUCAGCACAGCAGGAACAGAUGCUUGCACUACAGGCUUUUCACAGACCCUGCUUGAGGUACAUUUCUCCUCUGUUUUCAGUUUGUUUGUGAUCUACUUGUAAAAGUAAGCACAAAGCAAUAUGGAAUGAUUUUCUUCUGUUAGAAGAUGACCAUCUACUGUAAUCUUGCCCCAGUACAAAUCCUCUCAUAUGACGGGGAUGGAGUUAAUCUGAUG